GACGCCCUCUACCGUUCUGUUUCCAUGCCAUCGAUCUUACACGAAUCUGCCGGACGACGCAUAAACAUCAGUUUAUUUAUCAGUUUACAUCAAAUUCAAAAGUUUUCCGAAAUGAAUUUUGAGUAGUAUAUGUAGAUCUUGAAUGAUUCCAUGAGAGAUCUCUAUUCAUAUUUUGCCAGCAGUAAAAUCAAAGAACCAUCAUGUCAAGAGCUCAGGCAGAGAGUGUCAUCAAGAAUAUCAUCCGAGAGAUUGCCCAGGAAUGUGCAAGCAAAGGGCAAGCCGUCUCAGAAACCUUGGUAGCUUUCAUGGUCAAGGCAGUAGUCUUGGACCCAUCCAAUGAAUUCAAUGUCGACCGUACGCUUACCAAAGAUGAUGUCCAGCGGCUGAUAAAGAUCUGUGUUGAUAGACUUCUAGAUUCCCGGUCAUCUGCUCUGGAUACGGUCAAGAUGCAAGUCUACUUUGAUAUGAACUACACCUCAAGAAGUGACUUUCUGGAGGAGCAUCGCCGGGUCUUGGAACAGAGACUGACGCCUGUCAUCCGAGAGAUCACAGAUAGCAGGGCCAGGACCAGAGAUGAACUAGAGAGUCUGUACAGAAAGAUAGUCUCUGCUGUUCUUCUUCGAUCUGGUCUUGGAUCUCCAACAGAUAUAGCUGUGGUCAGAGAGGCAACUGCUGCUCUACAGAGUGUGUUCCCACAGACAGAGCUUGGAACGUUCAUGUCUCUUGUGAAACGUGAUAAAGAACGUCAAUUAAUUGAGCUGACUCACAUUGUGACCGGUAUUCGUCUCUUCAACAAAGAAUGUGGCAAAGGAGGGGAGGGCAUUGAUGAUCUGCCAGCUAUUUUAAAUGAGGCUGUUCCUGCUACAACUCAGAAUGUGGACACAGCCAUCCAGAGGGCAUGUGGCACUGCAUUUAAAUAUACAGCACUGAUUGAGCGCAUGAUGAGUGGAGAAGUGAGUGAUGGUCCAUCGAUACAGGCGUUGAGAGAUGCUCUUAUCAACGUCAGACAACAUGAAGCUUUCUUGAGAAUUAUCUUGAAUGAUGUGAUCAGCUGCGCACAGCAGGUGGAGAUGUUAGAGGCCCAGUUAGGAGCUAGGUUAGAACAGCUGCAAGCUACAGUCCAGUCAAAGACUGCAGUACCUACCGCUCAAGUCUAUCCUCAGUUCAUCAACCUGGCUCAUAUCUGGAGCGGUUUCCAGGAUGAGAUGGUACUCCUGAGUGUCCUGAGUAACAUCCUUGCCAGCUUGGAACCCUAUAACAAGAAUCAUCGUGAAUUCUUUACAGCUGAGAUGCUUGCUCCAUUUCUUGAAGGAACCAAGAUUAAAAGUGAUGAAGAUAGGAUAAAAGAGACGUUGGGUAAAGAUCAUCGAGUGAAUCCCUCGGAUUUCAAGAAUGUUGAUUGGCUGUUUCCUGAGACAACCAAGAACUUUGAAAGGCUCCCUCUACAGUACAAGGGUUAUUGUGGUUGGUCCCUGGUCGUAUUCGAUCGUCUCCUCCUACCGGGGAACCCAGACAUAGGAGUCCUGCGAUACCAGGACCGCUACUAUGUCUUCUCCAGCAAGCAGGCUGCGUACGAGUUUGCCAGCGAUCCCCAGCGGUACAUUGCCUACGUGGCGGAAUGCGCCAAGCAGUCCCCUCAGCUUAUCCAACUGCUUGAACUUCACGCUCAGUUUGCCACUAUCACACCUUAUACACAGGGCAAAGAUCAGGGUCAGAUGAUUGAGAAACCAAUCACAAAAUGUGACAUGGGAAUCCAGACAGAGGUUCAUCCUAUCGAGUCAAACAUUGUCAAGUCUUAUGAGUGGAAUGAAUGGGAACUGAGGCGCAAGGCAAUCAAACUGGCUAACCUCAGGACCAAAGUCACCCAUUCAGCACAGACAAACCUAAGUAACAUGAGACGAGACAAUGUAUCUCAAGUAUACCUACCAAAGGACCAAACCAUCCAAACGCUGAGAGAUGAUUACUCCAACGUGCCUAAGCCUCAGACCUUCCUGGCCGGCCUUCGUGGUGGUCAGACCAAGACCACGGUCAUGACCAAGAUGGACCUGACACUGGAUGUUGACCAGACAUAGAGCUUGACCCAUAUGACAACGGACCCACCCCCACCCCCCCCCCCCCUCCACACACACACCCAUCCAAUCACACAUCGCUUUUUGCACCUGCAGUUGUUUACAGAGAGCUAGACUUGUUUUGACACUGAUUACAUGUUGAAAUUGCCAAUCUAAAAUCACAGAAAAUAAUUAUAGAAUUAUAUGUGAGGUAUGAUAGAACAGAGUCAAUGGGGCAAGUCAAAUUAUAUCUCUAUAUCAUUAAGUUUGUUACGUCAGGGCCUCAUUGCAUAAAAUUUACCAUUGAUAAGAACCUUUCAAUCAGUGGUAACUUCAUGGAUACCUCAAGUCUGAUGGACUGUUGACCAGUUUUUCCAAUGUCACUGGUUAAUUUGCAGUUGAUGUUGAAGUCGUAUUCUGAAGAAAUUGAACAGCUUCUGUACGACUGUUAAUGAUGUUAUCUUUCAAAGCAGAAAUCUUGUUAUCUCAUAACUUUGUUGCUGCAGAAGCUUACUGUUGAUGAUAUCUUUGCCAGCAGUGGUGACUUCCUAGUGACUUCCAUAGAACCUUGAUUUCAACUAGCUGCUUAACGGUUGUACCAUGGUAGUUAUCAUCGUUUGCAUAGAUAAAUUCAGUGGUAAGGUUUAGGCGAUUCAAGAUUGCAUUCAGAAGAAUUACAGAUACUUUGAUAUGAUUAUCACAAAUGUGGAAUAUGAGAUCUCUGUAUUUUGAGUUUCAACAAAUAUUGAACAUGGUGAAAUAAUCUAACAAAACAAAUCUGCUCUUGAAAAUAUGACAGGUGUGUAACAAUGUGCUCAUUGUUCACAAAAAUUUCAGUCAUUUAUUCUAAUGUUAAUGUUGUGCAUUUGCCAGAAAUGUAAAAUAAGAAAGGUCUUGAAAACAGACAUGAUAAUCAUACUAGUGCACAAACCCACCUCUCAAAUUCUGCUUGUGAAUUGUUCAUAUUUGUUCAGUUGCACUUGGUAUAGGGUUUUUUAAUAUGAUUUUUAUAAUGAUCGAUUGUUACAAAGUGAUUAAUGUGCCGUUCCUGUAUAGUCUAUCUCUGUGUACACUGUAACGUUACUUCCAAAAUACAUUGAUUAUCAUUAUUCUAACCCCACCCUACAUUAUGCUGGCGCGGAAUUAUUAACUUCAGUAAUGACAGUACAAUAUAUUACGCCAAUCUUUCUUUCCCUCGAAAGCUGUUUUUAGUUAUUUUACACAUAUGUACCCCAUUCUACAAAAACUAUGCACUUCCUAUGCAAUAAAAAGAAUGAUUAAAAAAAUAAAUUAGCUUUGAGACAUGUCAAAUGCAUAAUCAGAAUUUUCAGCAAUGUUUCAUAUUCAUAUUUGUAAAAACGAAAUAUCCAAGCUUUACAAAUAAACGAUUAAAUGAACUUUGUAAGAUGUUAUUAUCUAAUUAUGUGUGCACCUAACAUUUCAUUUAUGUCAUCAUGGGUGGGUUAUGGUAGAUUCUGUCUCGUGUAUCAAGUGUAACAAUAUAUAAUCUAUUCUGUUAUUUUUUAGUAUGCAGGCCUAUUGUAUGAGAUAUGUACAUAAGAUUAUAUGCACUAUUAUAUCCUUAUGAUAAUGUUAUAUUGAAACAUUCUAUUCUGUAACUGCUGCCAUCCUAUGGAAAAUACUGGUUGUAUUCAAACCUGGUAUGAUGAGUCCAAAUUCGGGAUUUGUCCUCUCUUUGUGUGAUAAUUGGGUUCACUAUGCCGUCCUUCCAUACAUAUGCACAUAGUUUAUUUUACAAAUACCAUCGUAUAGUAGCAUUUACAUAGGUUUUUGUACAGUUUGCAUCCAUUGUAAAUAAUAAUGAUAUGGAUUAACGUACAUGUUUAUGGGUGUUAAAUUUAAACAUGUUUGAUAUGCACAUGUACAAAUUUGAAAAGUAAAGAAUUAAGAAGUAUUCAGAAGAA